AUGGCUCUAUCAAAGGUAGAGCACUACCUAUCAUACCAUACGCGCUUAUUGUUACCCCAUGUUUUGUCUCACCAGUCAUCACAUCGUAUUGCAUACAUAUUUUCCCUAUUAUCUGCGGUAUCGGCCGGUUUUAUCACUUUGAUAUCACUUUACUCCCAGCCAUGGCAGAACCAUUUGAACUAUUCUUCAUGGCAAAUCAACACCAUUGCUAGUAUGACUAAUUUGGGGAUGUACCUGACGCCACCCAUACUGGGGAUGAUUGCCGAUUCUCAUGGCCCCAUCACUUUGAGUCUUCUAGCCAUCGUUGGGUUUAUACCCAGUUAUUCGUAUCUGGCUUACGUCUUCAAUCAUCCAGAAUUAUCCCUUGGGGGGAAUGGUGACUCAUCGUUUAAUCUGUCAAUAAUCUGUUUCACCUUCAUAGGUAUAUCAACAAGUGCGCUGUAUUUUAGCGCUCUAUUGACAUGCACGAAGCUAUACCCUCGCACGAAGCUAUUGUCCAUCAGUUUACCAACCACAUGUUAUGGUAUAUCUUCCGUAGUGGGAUCGCAACUGCUGAGAAUCAGGUGGUUCUGGUCCUAUAGUACACAUUCCUCUUCGUCGAGCAAUGGCUUGAAUCUGGGAAGAGUGUUCCAAACGUUUGCAUGGGUUUAUGUCGUUAUUGGAUUACUCGCAUGGAUAGCCACUAGUGUUGUCUCGCUAUUGCAUUUCAACGAAGAACAAACUAACCAAAAACGGCUGGACGACCACACUGAUGUUGAACAAUCGCCGUUAUUGGAACAAGACAACCAUGCCCAAGAAAGGUUUGCAGAAACGAUGUUGAGAAUUUUUAGCGAUCCCGUAACGUAUAUCCUGGCGGUGUCGAUUUUGUUGUCAUUGGGGCCGCUGGAAAUGUUCAUUGCGAACAUGGGAUCUUUAACCAACCUGCUAGUCCAAGUCGACGCGCCUGCCUUAUCGACAAAGUUGUUAUCCACUUACGCGCUAUCCUCUACUUUUACAAGACUACUCACGGGCAUAGUGGCGGAUCUCUUCGCGAAGAAAAGGAUAUCAAUCAAAUGGAUUCUGUUGGCGUUCCUUUCGCUUGGGGUUUGCGCACAACUGUUCCUGUUGAGACUAACCUCCUCGGUGUCAUCCUGGGGGUUAGUGCCCACGGGAUCGUUAGUCGGAAUCAUAUACGGUGGGCUGUUCACUGUUUACCCGACGUUGGUCUUGUUAGUAUGGGGCGAGCGCUCAUUCGGGACCGUUUAUGGUAGCUUACUGAUUGCUCCCGCAAUAGGUUCUACGAUAUUUUGCAUGCUGUAUGCCAAAGUGUACGAUUCCCGUUGUAUGAACGGCAGUGGAGACCUUCGGAAAUCCUCUUGCAUAUCGAUUGUUUACAAAUACAGCAGCAUCGCAUUCGUUGCAUCCAUCGUUCUUUCAGCAGCGGUAUUUUGGAUGUUAAAACGUAAAAAUUUCAGAAUCUAA